AUGCGAGACCGAGGGGACAGCUUCUUUCCCAUUUCCUUCCGCUUCCAGCUGGGCCAGGGCACCAACCUGUGGGACUUCUGCUACAUCGACAACUUCGUGCACGGUUUCUUCCCGGCUGCCUCAGCCCUGCUGCGGGCCGCCGACGCGCCUAACUUCCCGUCCGACCGCCGUGUCGAGGGCGAGGCUAUCAAAACCACGAAUAUCGAGCGCCUGCCCUUCUGGGGCUUCACGAGGGUAUUCGAAGAACGAUUCAGCAGUACAUAA